CACAGUGGUGCCUCAGAGGGUAGGACUCGGGGUUCCAGAAUUUCUUAUUCUCCCUCUCUCUGCCAGGUCUGAUUUUAUACCGCCCCCCCCCCUCCAGGGCUGCCUCUGCCUAAAAUGUCUAACCUUCGAGAGCUGUGCAAGGGUCUUCCCCUACACCCUUUACCAGAGAACAAAGGACGAAGGACAGGGUUGCCCCAUGCUCCUGUGAGAACCCCCAACCUUACUCCAGAGGAAAAACAGCUGGCAUUGAAGAAUGCUCUGCGGUACUUCCCCCCUGAAGUCCACAAGAUCCUGGCACCAGAAUUUGCCCAGGAGCUAAAGCUAUAUGGGCACAUCUACAUGUACAGAUUCUGCCCAGACAUUGAGAUGAGGGCCUACCCAAUUGAGAACUAUCCUUGUAAGACUAAAUCAGCUGCGGCAAUAAUGCACAUGAUCAUGAACAACCUGGACCCCUCUGUAGCCCAGUUUCCCCAGGAGCUCGUGACUUAUGGAGGCAAUGGUCAAGUCUUCAGCAACUGGGCUCAGUUCAGAUUGGUCAUGUCCUACUUAUCUGAGAUGACAGAGGAGCAGACCUUGGUCAUGUAUAGUGGCCAUCCGUUGGGUCUCUUCCCUAGCAGCCCCAGUGCACCACGACUUGUAAUCACCAAUGGAAUGGUAAUACCCAAUUACUCCUCCAGAAUGGAAUAUGAGAAACUCUUUGCAAUGGGAGUCACGAUGUAUGGACAGAUGACAGCAGGGAGCUACUGCUACAUAGGACCCCAGGGAAUCGUUCAUGGCACUGUGCUUACAGUGCUCAACGCUGGUCGGCGCUACUUGGGAGUGGAAGACCUAAGUGGGAAGGUUUUCGUUACCUCUGGUCUUGGAGGUAUGAGUGGUGCCCAAGCCAAAGCUUCUGUCAUCGCUGGUUGUGUCGGGGUGAUAGCCGAGGUUGAUAAAGCUGCACUCUUGAAGCGUCACCAGCAAGGCUGGCUGAUGGAAGUCACAGAUAGUCUGGAUCACUGCAUCAAGAGACUCAGAGAAGCAAGAAAGAAGAAAAUGACCCUUAGCCUUGGUUACCAUGGAAACGUGGUUGAUCUUUGGGAGAGACUUGUCUAUGAGCUAGACACAACUGGGGAACUGUUGGUAGAUUUGGGAUCUGACCAGACCUCCUGCCACAACCCUUUCAAUGGUGGAUAUUACCCUGUGCAGCUCAGCUUUCAGGAAGCCAAUCAGCUGAUGGCCACCAACCCAGCCAAGUUUCAGGACCUGGUGAAAGAAAGUCUGAAGAGGCAUGUAGCAGCUAUCAACAGACUUUCAGAGAAAAGCUUCUUUUUCUGGGACUAUGGCAAUGCUUUUCUCCUGGAGGCUCAGAGAGCUGGUGCUGAUGUGAUGAAAAAGGGAGGUAAUAAAACAGAAUUCCGCUAUCCAUCCUAUGUCCAGCACAUAAUGGGGGACAUAUUUUCUCUGGGCUUUGGACCUUUCCGCUGGGUUUGUACAUCCGGGGACCCCCAGGACUUGGUGACCACGGACCUGCUGGCCACAUCUGUUCUGGAGGAGGCUAUCAGAGGUGGAGUGAAAGACUCUGUGAAGCAGCAAUAUGCAGAUAAUAUCCGCUGGAUCAGGGAAGCUGGGAAACACAAGCUAGUGGUUGGCUCCCAGGCACGGAUUCUGUAUUCUGAUCAGAAGGGUCGUGUGGCCAUUGCUGUGGCUAUUAACCAAGGCAUUGCUCAAGGAAAAAUCAAGGCCCCUGUGGUCCUCAGCCGGGAUCAUCAUGAUGUCAGUGGGACAGAUAGUCCUUUCCGAGAAACAUCCAACAUUUAUGAUGGGUCUGCUUUCUGUGCAGACAUGGCGGUGCAGAACUUCGUGGGAGAUGCCUUCCGAGGUGCCACAUGGGUAGCUUUACACAAUGGAGGUGGAGUUGGAUGGGGUGAAGUAAUAAAUGGAGGAUUUGGCCUGGUGCUGGAUGGAUCUGAAGAAGCUGAACUGAAAGCUAGGAUGAUGCUCAGUUGGGAUGUGUCCAAUGGAGUGGCCCGGCGAUGCUGGUCAGGAAAUAAGAAAGCAUAUGAAAUCAUCUGCCAGACAAUGGAGGAAAAUCAGAAAUUGAACGUCACCCUUCCUUAUGAUGUACUGGAUGAAAGCAUUUUAGAAAAGGCUCUACGAUUCUAGGCAAGGAUCCAAGAAGGAAUUAGCCUUUUCGUUGUAUUUCUUUAACAAUAAUAAUUGUCAUCACUUA